CGGGAAACGUUUUUCUUCUGUUUCAGCUGAUAGCCUGGAUUGUGAGCGAUUAAAGAAAAAGUCUGGCGUGAUGACAACAGUCGAGGGGGGAGUCAAGUCGGAAAGGCUGAGCCCUUCGAGCUCCGGCGGCCCCGCCUGCGACACGGGCUCCUCCAGGUCGGGGACGCCGUCGUCGUCCUGCACUCCUCCUCGUCAGGGAGGGAGCCCCAGCCAGGCUUUGCCGAUAUCAAGGAAUUACAGCGAUUUCAUGCGGUCCCUUGCCGCAAAGUACAACAACAACAACUCUUCCCCGAAUGACUUUCUUAGCGGAAGGAACGGUUUCUCCUCUCUGAAACCUGGGACGUCUCCGCCUUUUCCCGGCCUCCUGCCACCCCCUUCAGCUAGUCCUGCGACGGAAAAAGACGUCAAGAGCGAAGGUCAGGGGAUGCUCAGCUUCCUCCCCGUCCCGCCCGUCCUGCCUCCAGUCAUAGAUCUUAACGCGACGCAGGCCCUCCUCAACAUGGUCAGGACGCAUCAGCAGGGCCAUCAGUUGGAGAGUUACCUGAAAGGAGCGACGAAGAGGGACGCGGGCAACACGCCUCUGGACCUGAGCGCGUCUGCCAAGCCGCCGAAGAAGCAGAAGCGCAGCCUCUCCGAGUCGCUGUACGGCGCGGACGUCCUUCCGCUUCUCAGGGCGAGCAAAAGAGGGGCCGGGGCGAGCAUCGGGCAGGCGAGGAAGCUGGCUGCGAAAGCUGCCUGCGCCUCUGCCUGCCAGGAGAAACCGUGUACGCCCGAUAGCCAGACAGUAAGCCACUGGUCGGUAGAAGACGUCGCGGGGUUCGUCGCUUCGGUCGAAAUGUGUGCCGAAUAUGCUCAAAAUUUCCGGGACCAAAGGAUAGACGGAUCCGCUUUGGCUCUUUUGACCGAGGAGCACCUGACCACCACUCUGAGCAUGAAGCUCGGCCCUGCGCUCAAGCUGCGCUCGAUCCUCUCGUCCAAGCUGGGCCAGUGCCCGCUCUGCAUGCACUGCACGCACUGUCACACCUCCGGGGAAAAGUGACCCCCGCCUCUCACGGACAAUCUGUACAUUCGUGUAAAUACGUGUACAUUACCUCAGUGCCUUUCAGCAACGAACUGUUAUUUAGGAAUGUGAAUUAAUUGGAUUCGAUGGAGACAACAAAAAAACACAGUAUUCUAUUUUUAUACGCUUCGCCACUGAAGUGAUAUUUUUAACACUUUGUAAAUAUUUUUAUCUUGACUGUAUUAUAGACAAAUUAUAAUGAAUUAAAAUUAUUAUAUAUUUAA